UGGCCGCUUUGCAGCAAGUGCACUUUUUUUUGUACUAAAGUAAUUCAAUAAAAACGAGCGCGAAUAGUCCCAAUUUGAAGCUCCUGUUGAACGGAAAGGCAUUAAAGGGCAGUGGAAUCAUGGAGCAGGUGACGGACACCAACGUGCAAUCGCCGAAUCCAAUCCAAACGGAGGAAUCACCUCAGGUAGAAGAGGAAAAAUCGGAGAGCUUAGAACCAAAAGCAGCGGCGUUGGAUACGCUUCCAAAAAGUGCGGGUUCCACUGAUUUGGAGAAUGAGCUGGCAAAUCUUAAUGGAUCGGACGGGGGCGCCGGUCUGGAUGAACUGAGCUCAUUGGAGCAGGAGAUAGCUAAGCUGCAUAACAUCCGACCACCAGAUGCGGUCACCGAAGCUGCAGAUACCGCUACUCCGAGUGACGGAACGGAUAAUGGUGGCUCAGAGACCCGCCUAGCCUGUGAAGACCCGACCAGUGGAUCCCCAACCGUCGAAGAUGGCCAUGGGACAUCAGGAAACGGUCAGGCUAAAGAAUCCCCCCUAGAGGAGGUGGAUCUAAUUGCCUUGCUCAAGGGCACGGACACCAGUCAUGAGCAGCAUUCUACUCAGGAUAAAUCCGCCUUGGAGAAGGCUCUCUCUGAGUUGGACGGUAUAGCGGGAGAAGGGGAUAUGGGUGUUACCAUCGAGGGCGAAGGGCAGUUCGAGAUCAUUGAAAUAGACGACGACGAGGAGUCAACCUCACGGAAAGCCAGUCCGAAAGUGCCAGUGUCUAAGCCCAGCAAGCCUAAGGCAUCCACCACGGCUUCUAUAUCCAAGCAUAAGCUGUCCCCGGAGCAAGCCAGAGCUGUGGCCCUGGAACAGAUGGCUGGCCUAAAGCCCAAGUCACGACGCAAAGAGCCGCCGCCUGUUGUCAAGCCGGUAGAUAUUGUCAGCUCAUUAAAUGAGGAUUGGGACGACUACGACUCUGAGGAAGACAACCCCACAUCCGCCAUAUCUAAUUCUGCAGUGGUGACGGAAGUGCCUCCAACACAAUUGGUCAUCAAAAAGCCACCUUUGCCUGUAAAAAAGGCACCAUCUCCUGUUAAAGCCAGUCUGAAAUCUCCAAUUUUGCUCAACAACAAGAUCAGCGGGGUUAAAGUAAUGCUGAAAACUGUCACCCAGAAGCAACUUACGGCCACCACAAGUCAAGUUGUAGAAAAUCCCAAGCCUGCAGUCGUUAUGUCUACUCCCAAUGAAACCGAAGAGCCUACCAUGGGAUUCAAACGCAUGCGUGUGGUCAAGAAGAAGAUAAUAUGGGAUCCGGAUGUACCCGAGACUAAAAAAUCAUUUUCGCAGUAUGCCAGCACGAAACCGAAUGUUAAGGCAUCUUCUCCUGUACCUCCUGCAUCAAAAACGAUUGUAAAGAGCAUUUCUCCGAACCAAACAAUUAAGAAAGAUUUGUUACCAAAAAAAAGGGCUGCAACACCUACAGCAAGGAGCUCUAAAGCCAGCACACCAGUUGGUGAAACAGAAAGGAGUCUCUCCCCGGUCAAGCGACGCGCUCAAACGCCAAGUUCGGGUUUGGCGAAUGGAGGAGUCCAGAAAAAGAAGAAGGUCUCUGAAAUCGAUCGUUUAAUGGGCGACGAGGGAGCGGCCAAUAUGAUCCAUGCAGUGGAGCAUGAGCAGCGGGAGAUGAGUGGCGGUGAGGUUUCUAAUAAGCCGCUAAUGCGCAAACGAGCCAUGACCAUAACCGGAAGGAAUCAGACACCCCGUGCAGUAGGGGAACCAUCGACGCCCAAAAAAGAGACUGUACUUUCGGCCACCAAACGAUCGGCUACCGCUGUAGAUUCUGUUUUCACGAAGGCCAACGCUAACACAUCCGCUAGCAAGCCCCGCCCAUCCGACUCCUGGGACUAUGUGUACAAGCAACGCGCUAGCGAGGAAUCUAUGAUCAUGCGUCGUCGCUCCAACAGUUCCUACUCCAGCAACGCAUCCGUUAGUCGUAAUUCUCUUGACAAUAAGCCUGGAGCGUCUAAUCUGUCAGAUGAUGCAGCCGAAGGAAAUGAUCCUUCCUUUAAGUUCCUAAAGCCUGUAAACAAGACAAACCAAAGGGGCGGCGAGGAUGCCUUGCUGCACACGCUGGCCAAUGAUAUGAAGGUAAACCAUGGCAGCGAUUUGGUAGUUCUGCGUAAGGUUAACAAGGUUGCUCAUCUGGAGAUCCACGCACAUCGUGGUAAGUCCGGUCAUACGUACAGUAGGCAGCUGCUAGAGCAGUUGAACGACACGCUGUCCAGUAUAGCCCGUAAAAGUGAGUUCAAUACCGUGUUGCUGACCGCUGAGGGUUCGCAGUUUUGCCAAGGUAUCGAUUGCCAGGAAUUUGUGCAGGGUUCGAUAGAGAAGCGUAAGGAAAAAGCUAGUCAGAUGUCCCUUGCACUGAAAACCUAUUUGCGUACGUUGGCUACAUUUCCUAAGCCCUUGGUGGCGGGCAUUGUUGGCAACCUGAUUAAUCUGGGCGUUAUGCAGCUGCCUUUUGCAGAUUAUGUGGUGGCCGCCGAUGAUUGUUGCUUUCAGACUAACUAUGCCAAGUUGGGCCAACUGCCCGAAGGUUAUGCUCUGUGGCACGGCCACGAAAAGGUGUCCAGUGAAGUAAAUUCACGAUUGAUUCUCCUGGGUGAAAGACUGUACGCAUCGGAACUUUUGGGGCCACAAAGUUUCGUUGGCAAAAUCUGCAAGGCCCGCAAUGUCACUAAUGAGGCUCUAGCCAUAGCCAAACAAAUAUCCACUAGCUCUGCGGAGAUGUAUCGCACGCUGAAAAAAAUCAACCAUUCAGUCACCAAUGCGGUAAAAUUCCCGCGACUGGAUGAGGAACUGAAAGUAAUAGGGGAGCAAUGGCUAACUCCCAGUUGCUUGGCUAAUUUCAAAACGUAUAUUAAUGACGUGGAUUUUAGAGUAUAGUUUAAGAACUACUGUAUACCAUGUGCAAUGGUAGGUAAAUUUACAUAUACAAAUCUUUAACAAAUCAAAUCAUACAUUUAGUUAAAUCCUCUGAUUUAUUCUGGACUGUUCAGCCUAGGAAUUUUUUACACACCAACACAUAUAUUUUGUUAAGAAUUGGAGUUCUGUGAAUUGCAUGGAAACUUAAAUCAGAGGUAAUAUUAGAUUCUGUUAGAUAAGAGUUCAAAAAUAAACGUAAUUGUAUCGGGAAUUAGUGUACUAAAUCAUAAGGAUAUCUUGAUGACUUUUGGAUAAGUUUUUGAAUCCUGAAUCAUCUUCGCGACCUAUUUGAAGCCCCUCCAUUGGGCUCUUAACAAGCCAACCCUCGGAACAUUUUAUGUUAAAUCAAUUAUUGAUCUAUAAGAACUUUAUGCAAUACAAUAUGUGUAAUAUGAUGAAAACUGUUAAGUAUCAAUAAAUGUAAAAUAAGAGAUCUUAAAAA